UUUUACGACAAAGCCGUGCAUGGAAUUUAUGUUCUCCCCAGUGAGAUACCGGUUGGAGAAACGCAGUAGCAAGAGAAUACAUAGAAGGGUUAGUAAUCGUUCCCAUACCUGUCCCCUCGUCCCGGAUAAGAAUCCGGUAUCUUCUCUGGUACACAUAAACCGAGCGGAUAGAUGUGGAAACAGGGCUGAGGAGAGAGCGACGCGAGGGAAGGCAACUAAAAAUUCUAACCCGGGUUGUGAAGUAAGUUGCCUCCUAAGCGGCGCUUUAAAAGGAAGCAAAAGAUAAUUGACCAAAACAACAGAGAAGAUGGACUAUGAUUUCAAAGUGAUGCUGACCGGGGAGAGAGAACGUGUAGAGGACCUGUUUGAAUAUGAGGGAUGCAAAGUGGGGAGAGGCACCUACGGCCAUGUAUAUAAAGCAAAGAGAAAAGAUGGGAAGGAUGAUAAGGACUACGCCCUCAAGCAGAUUGAAGGCACUGGCAUCUCCAUGUCGGCCUGCAGAGAGAUUGCACUACUGCGGGAGCUGAAGCAUCCUAAUGUGAUCUCACUGCAGAAGGUGUUCCUGUCACACGCAGACCGCAAAGUCUGGUUGCUCUUCGACUAUGCCGAGCAUGAUCUCUGGCACAUCAUAAAGUUCCACAGAGCGUCCAAGGCCAAUAAGAAGCCCCUGCAGCUGCCCAGGGGGAUGGUCAAGUCCCUGCUUUACCAGAUCCUAGACGGCAUCCAUUACCUUCACGCCAACUGGGUCCUACACAGAGACCUGAAACCUGCCAACAUCCUAGUGAUGGGGGAGGGGCCAGAGAGGGGUCGAGUAAAGAUCGCGGACAUGGGCUUUGCCCGCCUCUUUAACUCACCACUGAAGCCGUUAGCAGAUCUGGACCCUGUGGUGGUCACCUUCUGGUACAGAGCACCAGAGCUACUGCUAGGUGCCAGGCACUACACCAAAGCCAUUGACAUCUGGGCUAUUGGCUGCAUCUUUGCUGAGCUGUUGACAUCUGAGCCCAUCUUCCACUGUCGCCAAGAGGACAUCAAGACCAGUAACCCCUACCACCAUGACCAGCUGGACCGUAUCUUCAACGUCAUGGGCUUCCCUGCUGAGAAGGACUGGGAAGACAUCAAGAAGAUGCCCGAGCACUCCACUCUGAUGAAGGACUUCAGACGGAACACGUAUACAAACUGCAGCCUAAUAAAAUACAUGGAGAAACACAAAGUGAAACCAGACAGCAAAGCAUUCCACUUGCUCCAGAAGCUGCUGACCAUGGACCCGAUCCGCAGGAUCACAUCUGAGCAGGCCAUGCAGGACCCUUACUUCCUGGAGGAACCACUGCCCACCUCUGAUGUGUUUGCAGGCUGCCAGAUCCCCUACCCAAAGAGGGAGUUCCUGACAGAGGAGGAGCCAGAGGACAAGGCAGAGAAAGUCAGAAAUAAGAACCAGCAGCAGCAGGGGAACAACCACACCAAUGGGGCGGGGCACACUGGUAACCCUGACAAUAGCCAUGCCCAGGGCCCGCCCCUAAAGAAGGUGCGAGUGAUCCCGCCAGUCACUACCUCAAGUGGCCUCAUGACCUCAGACUAUCAGCGCUCCAAUCCACAUGCUGCCUACCAGAACCCCGGACCAAGCACAUCACUGCCCCAAAGCAGCAUUGGAUACUCCUCUACCUCCCAGCAGCCCCCGCAGUACUCACACCAGACCCACCGCUACUGACCCCUGACCUCGACCCACCCCUCGCCAUGCCCGCUAGGGAGAAUGUACUAAGGGAAGUGGGUGUGUCCAUGGCAACAGCCCACCGGUCCACCCUCACUGCAGCAGUCCUUUAGCCCAGUAUGUUAAUACAAUAUACUCAUUCUAAAAGAACAUGACAUAACAUCAGCCAUGACAGAACAAGACAUAACGCAACAUCAUCAGCCAUGACAGAACAAGACAUAACGCAACAUCAUCAGCCAUGACAGAACAAGACAUAACGCAACAUCAGCCAUGACAGAACAUGACAUAACGCAACAUCAGCCAUGACAGAACAUGACAUAACGCAACAUCAGCCAUGACAGAACAAGACAUAACGCAACAACAUCAGCCAUGACAGAACAUGACUUAAAUUCAACCAUGACCAACACAUUGGAGACUAAACCAAGAGAAAGAUGGAGAAGGAAGAACAGAUGCUGUCAGUUUGUUGUUUCCCUCGUUCCUUCCUCUGUGGUUCAAGUUAUCGUCGCUGCAAGUUUGUGACCAUUACAAAGUUAACCUUCAGAACUGGAACUUAACUACAGCCACAAGAUCAACAAACAGAAGGUGGAACCGGGGCUCCCCUCUUCCCUUACCCUCCUUUCCUUCUCUCCUUACCCUUCCACCAAUGCUCUACCCCUUUCCAGCCGGAUACCCCUCUUCCUGUUGAAGCUUCGAUGAGACUAAAGCUACUAUGUGACUGUCUCUGUCCCUCUGUCUGUCUUUGUGUCUGUCCGCCCUUCCACGGGCAUCUUCGUUGGGGACCGAAUUGAGCUGCUGACAGGAGCAUUCUGGGAGUUUGUGGGGCCCCGCCCACAGCUCUGGUUGAGGGCUUUAUUGAAAAAAAAAACACAAAAAAAACAACAAAGGAAUUUAAAAAAUAAGAUUUUAGUAGUUUAUAAUUUAAUCUGUUUUGUUUUCACACAAAACAAAAAGUGGCGAAGUAGCUUCUGUUGUGCUGAGAGAGAGCUGCCGUUUUUAUCGCUGUGGGCAAAGCCUUAUCUUCCUGAUGACAAACCAACACAUUGUGUAGAGGAUGGCAUAUGGAACAUGCAUUUUUACUGUAUUGAAAUCUUUUACAUGACGCAAGUAUCCUGACAAUAAAAGUGUUAAUGUUGA